UUUGGGUAUCGUGGCAACUGUAAAUAUGGCGAUUUGUCGCCAAGAAUUUCUGUCGAAAUCUAUUUAUGAGGAGUAGAGAUAUUUCAAACAUUGGACUGGCGUGUAAAUUUCUCUAUUAUUCUUGUACCUUAUGUGUUGAAUUUCCUAAAAUAUUGACUGCUUAAAGGAGUGUGUGUUCAGAACGACAGUAUUCGUGGUUUGAAGGUCGGGUAGUCAACAAAAAAUCCGUCUUCGACUUCGAGGAUCGCGCAGUUCUCGUUCGACCAUCGAGAAGUAACAAUUAUCUGGGCCGACAGUGCCCCGGCAAGUGGAGCGGGAAGUGCGACAAUCAGAUUCACUGAGCUGAGCGUCGCGAUGCUUACACACGGACCAGCAUCAGACACCAGCAAACUUUUGAUUUGUUUUUAUUAUAUAAGAUGAAUUCAUCGUAAAUGCACGUGAAACAAGAUAUUGACUUAUUCUCUCCUCGAAUUUGAAUUUUAGAAUAAGAAGUGAAGACUGAAGAGAAGUUGUUGACUUUAUGACUUUCAACUCGUGAUCAAAAACAAAAGUUAUUCAUUCGGAAUCAUUCCAUUUUAAAUUUCAGACUUUCGAGAAAAUUAUGCAUAUUGACUUUUAGAAUAACUUGGGAACCUUGGUUUUCAGUAACGUGAGGAUGACAACAAAAAUGGCGACACAACUUCAACCCAAACCACCUGUGCCAGUUGUCGGGCACAUUAUUACAGAUGAGGAGAUGGGAUUGAAAAAGGGAAUCAAGAUCCAACAGGUGAACUUUGUAAAGGUCAUCAAACUUCUUACAGAUCCUCAUUCAGUUGCUCUCUAUGAAAGACACAACCAUGCUCUCCAGAGACUCAUUCGACACUACAGUGCUGGAUUUCUUCUCAAAGAUUUAGUGCAAGUAUUCAAAAUCUUGAAUGUGUGUGCUGACCGAAGUCACGAGCAACCCAUGUACAUCAAGCCUAUGAUUGAGAUGUUAAAGCUAUGUAGCCUUCCUUUCCUGAGGGAAAAAUCUUCAGAUGAAACUACUUACUCACAGAUUGUCAUAGAGUCAUUCUCUCAAUUAGGCUAUUUAAUGAGAGUACCAAAUAGAGAAGUGCGUAUCCAGCUUGCCAAUACAUUGGAGGCCAUCUAUACAAAUGAUGCAAAGGGUCUGCUAGUUCAAGACCACCAGCCUACUACCAGAGCUUACAAUGCAGCCAUGGUCGAAAGAAGUGACAUAGCAGAGACACUAGUUAAGAGUCUGACGUUACUUGAGAAUGACCUGGAGGUCAAACUUCGGCUGAUGAUCAUCCUGCAGCAUUUCUCUUCCUUCUCUCCUAUCAAUUGUAAUUCCAUGCUGUCAGCUGAUGCUGCAAGCCGUAUAUGCAGCCGAAUGAAUGACCCAGACCCCAGUGGAAAGUUAUUAUUCCAUUCCAUUGAGAUUCUGUGGAAUCUAAUGGAGAAUGGAGAUAGAGAGGAGAUGGCUCGUCAGCUCAACUCAUUUAUCUGCAUAGAGGCACUCAAGGAUGCUUUUACACAACAGAUGACUAAUGGCUACAGUCAUUAUGAUAGGCAGUUAAGGAACGACCUCCUUGUUCUGACAACGCUAGCAGUAGCCAACAAUCCUGAGGCACCAUUCAUAGAAACUGGUUAUGCCAAAGUUUUGAUCCUCUUUGCCACAUUCCAGGAAGUAAGGAGUCACAAUGCAUUGGUCAAAUACCUGAAAUUAGGAACAAGCCCUGAAGAUUUUGAGCUGAAGAAGAUGUUGAUUAACAUCCUGGUGGUUCUAAGCCAAGAACCUGCAGUUAUUCCGCUCUUAGGGGAAGGUCAUGUGAUCUUAGCCCUCUUAUCAUUCAUCAGGAACAACGAGAACUCCAGCCAGCCGCAGGAGUGGAGCCCCGCCCAGUUUGAAGAGAUUCAACUCCAUGCAAUGUCAGCAUUAUGCACCUUAGCGCCGCUCUGUAUACAGGAUUAUAUGACCUGUCAAGGGAAUACAAGGUUACUGCUACUGCUGGAAUGGUGUGUGGGUAAAGAUGAUUUUGCUGGACAUGGGAAUGCAUUCCAUGGUAAAGGUGGACGAGGAAACAAACGAGCUCAGAUGAGAUUUUGUCUUCAUCUCAUGAGGAGUGUGGUUUCUCUCAACGACAGCGAGGUCAACCAAGAUCUCGUAGAUCAGGGUGCCAUCAACCAAUUACUUGAUAUCCUGUUGAGUGCUACAAGAUCCAGCAUAGAAGAUGAUGCUAUAGAUGUUGAGAUGCAAUGUGAUAUGCUCUUUAUUCUCUCGGUAUUAUGUGAAGGGAAUAUGCAUAGAAAGGAGUUGUAUGGAGAGAAGGGUGUAGAGGUGGUGCUAAGGUACCUGAGGACUGAUGCUAAGAAGCUCAACCGAGGCUUGGGACACCAUCGUCUGAUGUUGGCUGCUGUAGAUAAUAUCUGGUGCUGUGUGAUUGGAGCUUACAUCAAUGAAGACCAGUUCCUAGAAGGCCAGGGAGUCUUUCUACUUCUGGACCUACUAGAGUCGUCAUCCAGGAAUACUCACAACCUGAGCCUUGGCUGCUUGACAGAUCUCUGUGAGAACCCCAAGACUGUACCUCACCUACUGGCCUGGAAGGGUAAGAAGGAACGGACCAUCGCCAGUCUCCUGGUAGAUAUCUGGAGACAGGAGGAGACCCACAUGGGUGUCAAGAGGGACGAUAAUGGUGUCCUUACAGACCCAGCUGUACCAUUGAUGGGUAGCUUCCAGGAGGAAGCCGGCAUCAAACCAUUACCAGCAAACCAGCCAAGCCAUGCCAUCACUGACGUCUCAGAGAAUAUGAGAGCCAAGAUCUACGCACUCUUCUGCAAAAUUGGUUAUCAUGAGCCAAAGGGACUGUCCACAGAGGAGCAGGUCACACUGGUGAUCAUCAAACGGUUUCUGGAUUUCAAAGAGGGUGAGAUCUGGGUUGAGAUCACGUCAGAGCUAGAACAGGAGAACCUCAGACCUAUCACUCCAGAUCAGGAAUUGCUUGAGAUGUUGAGUAGGUCCAACAAAGAGAUGGCCGAGUCAAUCACUGAAGAACAGAAUGAGCUUCUAGAAUCACAAAGACAGCAUGCAUUACUUGAAGAACAGGAGCUCUAUUCAGAGAUCAAAGAGAAUCACAGACAGCGAGAGAAAUCUAUCAAGAAAUGGGGUGACUAUGUGGCAAGAACAUCCAACUAUGCUAUCCUCAAGACUGCUAAAGGAAGACAAGAGAGAGCCAUCGAAGAGUCCAGAGACAAGAACAUUGAUAAUGAGCAUACAUUCCAUGACAUUGAUCUUCCUUCUCUUCAAACAACAACUUUCCAAGGUCGUACCAUCAUGGUUGACAGCACACCAAGAGAUAUCCUUGAUGGAUCUACACUCAUCACUAGCCACACGGAGGGAGAGAAGAAUCUUACAAUCAAUAAACAUGCUUCCAUUGCCGUCUCAUGAAUCACUAUUCUAUAAUACUCGUCACAAACCUUGUGAAAUUACUGUAUCUGUUUAAUGAUGGGCGUAUUCAACAUACCUCAUAAAUCUAUUGGUUCGAGUUACUUUUUAAACUCUCAAUAAGACACCCCCUUCCCCAAUAACAAUAUAAUACAAUAUAACAUAUACCCAGCCUGUCAGUAAGCCCAAGUUGUAAUUUGUAGAAAAAUUGGCAGGUAUAUCACUUUUUUCACUAACCAUUUCACAUACAUGAUACGCUUUCUGAAACUUGCUGGAAAGUUGAAAAUGGAAAUUUAAUCUACUUGCGAUUUUGAAGAGGAAGAAAUAAGAACUCAAUACCACGUCAUAAUAGAUUUAGACAAUAUACAACCAAUUAUAUUUUGCAUCUUUUAGUAUACUUUCUCCAUGAGCAAAAUCAAAGACUGGCGGGGGAAAAAAUAAAUUGUAUUCAUUUGUAUGUUCUGGAAUCCCACGUAAACAAGGUAUUUGAUCACAUUAAAGGCACCAUUGAAUUACAUGUCAUGAAUUAUUGUGACUAUAUGAGAAAGUAUCUUGCAUCUACCACCAAUACUUGAACAUAGUUUACUCAAUACAACUAAUGUAUGGGAAAACAAUACAUGAUCACGUUAAUACACAUUGUGUUCCUAUGGCUUCUCUACUGUUCAAUAAUGAGAUCUUGAAAUAAAAAACUGCUUGCAAUCUGUAAUCAUAUCUAUAUGUAUGGCAGAAUUUGGGAUGCUGAAUUUGAUUCCUCUGUAUAUUCUCCUGUACCAUAUUGUAAAUAUAACUGUGUGUAUAUACUGUAUAAACUGCUACGAUUUGAAUAGAGAUAUAUAUAUUAAAAGUAAUGUAACUAAUAAGCUACAUCUUUCAUCUUUGGAUGCGUCAUGGUGAAGUCUGCAGAGAAGACUAGAAACAUGGACGACAAGCACUGCAUUACCUUGACCCAUACAUACCAACUGUUACUGAAGUACAGGUUAUGUGUACCUGAUUAUUUUGUUUGGCGUCACCUGUGCCUGGGAGGCGAAAAAUCGAACUGAAUCACUAUGACCCUCGGGGUCUCUCCUCCCGAUAUACAUGUAACUGAUUGGGAUGUGCAGGAGGACCACUGCACAGAUUUCCCCUAUUUCUAUGCUAGUAACAUUCAGAGGUGAUGACUUUCCUCUACACGGGGCCUCCAUUGGUUCAGAACUAGCUUGCGUUCCAUCCAGCAUGUCUAGUCCCGUUUGCAAGUUUCACCAUGUUAUGCAUUCUUAUGAAUAUUUGUUCUAACUUUUGAAAGCUACAUGUAUGGGAACUCCGAGUUGAAGAGAAGUGUAUUGAGGUAUCAAAGAGCAGUUAUAAUUGUUUGUAUUCAACAAUGGUUGCAUUUGAA